AAUGGCGCACCCGAAAACAGGUGGGUUUCUGCCGGUGCCUAACGUGCAGGCACUCGCGCAGACUUGGAACGGCUCCGGCGAGCUGGUGCCUGACAGGUACGUCAGGACAGAGGAGGCCGUCGCCGAGGAGAUCGCCGCCGCCGCCGGAUGCGCGCUUCCAGUCGUGGACCUCGGCAGGCUCCUCGAUCCCCGGUCGUCGGAAGAGGAGCUCGCGAACCUCGGCUCUGCCUGUCAGCACUGGGGUUACUUCCAGCUCAUCAACCAUGGCGUGCCGGUCUGCCGGAAGAGGUGAUCCGGGACGUGAGGAGAGACAUAGCCGAGUUCUUCAAGCUCCCGCUCGAAGCCAAGAAGGCGUGCGCGCAGCUGCCGGACGACAUCCAGGGCUACGGCCAGGGCUUCGUCUUCUCCGAGACGCAGAAGCUGGACUGGGCGGACAUGAUCUACCUCAAGCUUCGCCCCAUGGAGUCGCGGAGCAUGAGGUUCUGGCCCGCCCAGCCUCCGUCCUUCAGGAACUCCGUGGAUAGGUUCUCGACGGAGGUGGCGAAGGUGACGUCGUCCUUGCUGCGGUCGAUGGCCGUGGACAUGGGCGUUGAGCCGGAGCGCCUCCUGGAGAAGUUCGGGGGCCAGCCGCAGACCAUGAAGGUGACGUACUACCCGCCGUGCAGGCGGGCCAGCGAUGUGCUCGGCCUGUCGCCGCACACGGACGCCUGCGCCGUGACGCUGCUGCUCCACGUCAACGAUGUGCAGGGCCUGCAAAUUAGAAGGGACGAUGGCAAGUGGCACGCCGUUGAACCUCUCGAGGGUGCAUUCAUCUUCAUCGUCAACGUCGGUGACACACUCGAGGCAAGUACUGUUACAUUAGGUCCAAAUAUAUGAUCUCCCGUAUUUCAGUAAAAUGUUCCGAUUAAUAAUAAAAUAAAAUAUUCUAGGUAGAGAAAUAAAAUGUUUCAUAAAAUCAGACUAACAUUUUGUACUAUUCUGCUAAUAAUUGUUCCAUAUACAAAAAAAUGUUCAAAAAUACAAGGUGCAAUUUUGGUACACGUAUUCUACAAUGAAAGGAUGGAUUUGUUGUUGCAAAAAGCGACCGAUUUUAUGGGUGGCAAUCUGUCAAUGGAUAGAUAGAUUCCCUCCUCUAAUUGUCACUUCAAACUGCAAGAACUGCCCUAUAUAUGAAAAAAAGGCAAAAGACUAAUCAUAGUUUCAAAUUCCCUUGCACGAUUUUACCUGCUGUUAUAUCCAUUUAUUUUGUGGCCUUCAAUACCACUACAAGAAACCAUUUAAUCUGUGACGAAUUCUGACGAAAUUUUUGUAACAUUUUCAGAGAUCGUCAUGAAUAUGCAAUAUGGAUAUCAGGCCCAUAACAUAGUGACGUUUUGUUGAUUUCUUCAUGAAGCAGUCCAUAACCUUUGACGAUUUCUUCAUGAAGCAGCCCAUAACCUUUGACAUUUUAGCAAAUUCGUCGCAAAUAAUUAAUUUAGAAUUCUUGUCAUAUAUAGCACAAGGGGAGGAAACAAAAAUAGAAAAAGAAAAUGAAGCACAAAAGGUGCUCAUCUCGGUGUCAGACCCGGGGCGGACUGCUUAUAGACAUAGAAUGUUCUAGAGUAAGGGAUAGCUCAUGGAUGUACCUUACCUCUUUUGUAACUACUCGAAUAGGUGUAGAACUAGCUGCAGUACAAAAGAAACUACCCGAUUGUGUUGUAGUAGGACUCCAACUGUACUCGGCUAGAACUUUCCAUGUAACCCUGUCCCCCCGGAUAUAUAAGGGCGAGCAGGGAUCCCCUCCAAACAAUCAUCAACACCUAAGGCAAUACAAACCACACAGAAAGUAGGGUAUUACGCAAACUCGCGGCCCGAACCUGUCUAAA